AUCAGUGCCACCUGUCAGUGCCCAUCAAUUGUGCCCAUCAGUGCACAUUAAUGCCACAUAUCAGUGCCUACCAGUGCACAUCAAUGUCACAUAUCAGUGCCCAUCUGAGCUGCCUUUCAGUGCCAACUAUCAGUGUCAGUCAGUGCCACCUGUCAGUGCCACCUAUGAGUGUUGCCAAUCAGUGCCACCUAUCAGUGCCAGUCAGUGCCUCCUAUCAGUGCCCAUGAGUGCCGCCUAUCAGUGCCUGUCAGUGCCGCCUAACAAU